CUGCUGAGAAUCAAAUAGCACAGCUAAAUGAAAAAAUUUCACAUCUUGGUAAGAUAAUGAAAUAAAUGUUGACACUUUUCCCUAAUCCCCACGCCAAUUAAAGUACAAAUUAACCUAGUUCAAUUACAUACAAUGAUGUAAUUUUGAAAGGCUAGUUAAAAAACAUACUUGUACCAUACAAAAGUAAUCGGAACGGAAUCGUGUGAAAGCAAUGGUUUAUGAACAUUUUUAUAUUUUAUUUUGUUAAAUGUGGAGUAAAUAUCAUAGGUUAAGUGCUGGGUGAGUGAGCUGCUUGAAUUGAGCUAAUCCAAAGCUUGUAGACUGGAGACAAGCAAUGACAACACCAACAUCCCGGGUGGAUGGGACCCGCUAAACUUGGAUGGCAACUCUCAUAAGAGAAAGCACACUCUCAAAUGAAGCCCAAAGAUGGGUAGCCGGUCAGUUUGAUUAACGCAAUGGCAAUGGAAACAACUACCGGAAGCACACAAAAAAGUGCAAGACACUUUGCUGAUGAUUUACUGCAUCCUGGUCUAUUUUCAGUAGUCUUGUCAUUGGAGAAAGUGCGGCUGACCAAUUGAGGAUCUCUCCCUAACUUUAAAUAAAAUACAAAGAUGCCUUGGUCACCCUCGCAUGCGAAGUAGGAUUAAUAAAUUUAUAGUCGAAACUGUGCAAUAUAAACUUGAUUUUACCUAUUACCAAGUUGUGUUUUCAAAAAGGCAGAUAAGCCUCUUAUAUUUUCAUUUCUCAAAACCUUUUCAAACUGUUCAUUGAUCAGUAAAUACAAAAUAUAAAAAAAAAGAUUUUUUAUAGAAAGUCCGUAACGGGUUUAUUAACUUGAAAUAAAUUAGGAAUAAAUAAAGGAAUACGAAAUCUGUACUCAAACAGAUCCUGUCAUAAAUUAACAGUAAUAUCUUUUAGUGUGUGAUUUGUUCCUCAUUUCCUUUUCAUACGAUAAAUCAUAACAUAUGUGAUAAAAAUACAGGUCAACUUUACAUGUGUGACUUUAAUACGAUUAGCCCUAUAAGAAUAUUUUAAUUAGGAGUAGCCUGCGACGAGGUUGAAGCUAAAGGCUAUACGAAACACAGGGUAGUGAAUAAAUCUGAAAAAAAGACGAAAGAAAACCAAUAAAAGUGUUCGAAAUAAGCCUUUGUCAACGGAGAGAAUAAAAUAAUUAGAGAAUGAAAAGGUCUUGAAUAACAGAAAUUUAUGAGAAUACGACAAUGGCGUGAGAGUCAUUUGGAUUCAUUCAUUACAAAGUAGACGCACCACUCACGAUUUUAAGAAUAUUAAAUGAAGGACUACGUUCAAGCAGUGUGAAGGAAAUAGUAGGACAAGGCACGUGUGAGCUUCCAUCGAAAGACAGGGACAAUACGAUAAUAACGUUUCGGCUAAGAGCCUACAGGACAAAGGAAAAUACGUAAAGACAUAGAAUUAAGUUAAAAGGUUAAGUUAUCGCCAUUGUUAUUGUUGGAAGUUGAGUUUUUUUUUCCAAAAGCUCGAUUACUGGUAGUGAAAGAAUAUAUCCUAUAGAAUGCGCAGGGAAAUGAAAAAAGAACUGUCUCUAUUACCACUAGACCACAAGACAGGUGUGUCCUAAAUUCGGACACGUUUUCCUACCAUAACGGACCUAACAAGACACCUGGGUACUCAACGUGGAAUAUUAAUCGUUGGUAUUCAAUGUUACACAAACAUGGCUACCUACAUCGUCUGAAUUACAGAAACGCUAUUUUGGGUCAGGAAGAAAUGUGAUGACGUCACAAAGAGAAAAAAAAUUAAACAUACAUAAUUAGUACUUAAUUCUUUGUAAAAUUUGAAAAACAACAUAGAAACAACUAAUUCUCUGUUUUAUUGGAAAUAAUUAAAUGCCUAAAUUUGAAAAUUGUACAAUUUUUUUUGGAGUUUGUGUAGUUACCACCUGUAAUUACUGAUAACAUUUUUAAAAGUAGAUUUUUCUUUGUGUUGUGCAGAGAGUUUUUUAAAAAUAUUCUUAAUUAUUGUGUUCCUCUACUUCACAGAGCUCAAAUGUAGUCUUCCGAAUUUUGGAUUUUAUGCGUCUACAACCAUAUCCGUCUUAAGUAAUUGGUUGUUAGACGUUAGCAAGUUUGAUUAUGUUGGAGCCAACUACGGAGAUCACUUUGAUCCAGUGACCGGAAAAUUUACAGCUCCACUGAAUGGUUUGUAUUUGAUAAGCAUGAGUGCAUUACCUGGUAGCAUAAAUGGAACAUAUUAUACUUAUUGCUAUCUUCGGAGAAACAAUAUUUUAAUUCCAGAAGCAGAGGCCAUUAUGGUUUUUCAUGGAACUGGGAACCAGUCAGUAACACGGUGUUCUGAAAUGUCAGCAGGGGACGUCAUAUGUUUGCAAUCGG